AUGUCAGCUAUAAAAGGAAGUAAAAACGAUUCUGGUGCUGAAAAACGAAAACGGAAAAAAGCUCAAGAAGAACGAUUAGAAUCACAAAAAGGUUCUAUUUUUAAAUAUUUAAAGCAGGAUGAUUUAGCAGUAAUAGAUGAUGCCGAAGCCACUCAGAUGGAAGAGAAAACCGAAAGUAUGGAAAUUGGUCAGAUGAUUGCAUUAGAUCAUAUUCCCAAUAUUUCAUCUAAUUUAACAAGUACAAAAGAACAAGAACCAGUUGAGGACAAUGAAAUUGAAAUUACUGCAAAAGAGGAAAUUGAAUCAUUUCAGGAUGAUAACAUUGAAACUGUUGAUUGGAGUGAUAUUGGUUGUUGGCCAAUAAAUAUUGAAAACUCUCAACAACGUGAUUUUCUGAAAAAAAACAAAAACAAAAAAACGAAAAUAAGUUUUUCCUCCAAGUCACUGACAUUGAUAUAUCAUAUAUCAUAUAUCGGUAGAGUAGCCAACACCAUAGAUGUAGCUCUGCCUAGGGCCGCCAAAUGUCUGGAACCGGGCCUGCGUGGAACACUUGGUUCCUUAUGGAGAUUGCAUGAAAAAAUAUAA